AACGAGCGGCGGUGGCGGCGGCGGCGGGUCCCGAGUCCAGCGAGAGCAGCAGCGGGCCUCCAGUGAGAGUGCUGUCAACUGGGGACCAUCCUCAUUCAGACCAUCCCAGUUUGUUAUAAUUUAUGACAGUCAGACCUAAAGGAUUCCUCCAGAAUUUCUCUGUAGACCAGGUUGGCCUGCUUCUGCUGGCAUUAAAGAUUUUGUAUUUUGUACAUAUAUUAUUUUGUAUAUUCUAUAUAUGAUGACUUCUGUGAGCAGUGAUCGUUGCCGAGGUGCUCGGGAAAAACCACAGAUGCCAACAGCACAUGCAGCACAAUCACAGAAACAGGUGGUACAGGCAACAGCUGAACAGAUGCGGCUUGCUCAAGUUAUCUUUGAUAAGAAUGAUUCAGAUUUUGAAGCUAAAGUUAAACAGCUUAUGGAAGUGACGGGAAAAAAUCAGGAUGAAUGCAUAGUGGCUCUACAUGACUGUAACGGCGAUGUGAACAGAGCCAUCAAUGUGCUGCUGGAAGGGAAUUCUGACACGACUUCAUGGGAGACUGUAGGGGGGAAGAAGAAGAAUUUUGGAAAAGAAAGCUCAGAAAACAAAGAAAACAGAGAGAAGAGAAUGGAGAGAGAAGCAAGUCGUGGACGGGGAAAUAACAACCGCAAAGGAAGAGGUGGCAGCCGAGGUCGAGAGUUCAAAGGUGAAGAGAAUGGAAUUGAUUGCAGCCAAGGAGACAAGCCUUUGGAGCGAGGCAAGCGGGCCCGAGGCAGAGGAUUUGGACGUGGCAGAGGCAGAGGGGCAGGAAGGUUCUCUGCUCAAAGCAUGGGGACGUUCAAUCCUGCAGAAUAUUCAGAGUCCACCUCUACAGAUGGCUGUGGGACAAAGUUGGUAGUUUGGGAAGCUGCUCAGAACGGUACAGAUGAGGACCCUGAAGGUGUAACAAAGCCUCACAGUAUAUCUCAGGAGCUGCCAAGUAAAAGUUCUUAUGGACUCAAAGGUGCCUGGAAGAAUUCUGUGGAAGAGUGGACACCAGAGGACUGGAGUGAAGAUCUCUCCGAAACAAAAGUGUUCACUGCCUCAUCUGUUCCAGCAGAGAACCAUGUCACGCCUGGGCAGAGCAUUGAUCUGGUGGCCUUGCUCCAGAAGCCUGUCCCUCCUGCUCAGGCUGCGGAAGUCAACUCCUUUGAAACGUCCCAGCAGCAGGGCUUUAGCCAAGCCCUUGUCUUCACAAAUUCUCAACACAACAAUCAGAUGGCACCAGGGACUGGCCACUCCACUUCUGCCAACACCUAUUCACCUCAGAGCUUGUCAUCCGUCCUUGGCUCAGGAUUUGGAGAGCUGGCCCCAUCAAAAAUGGUGAAUAUCUCGAGUGCUCAGAUUUUGGACAAGUUGAAAGCACCAAGUUUGACCCCAUUUCCUGCCACUUCAAGUGCACAGCAGAGCAGUGCAUGCCUCCCAGCCACUACUACUUCCUGGGACCGCACGCCCUCAGCACCCCAGGCCUCAGUCCUCAAUCAUUUUGACUUCAAGUCUCAGCCGGAACCAUCCCCAGUUCUUAGCCAGUUGAGCCAGCGGCAGCAGCAGACCCAGGCAGUCAGUGUUCCUUCUCCUGGUGUGGAGUCCUUUCCUUCUCGGGCAAAGCACGGAGAAUCAGCACCUGUAGAUGGGCCUUCUGCUGUCAACAGACUUUUGCAACUUCCUAACAUGGCUGUUGAAAAUAUUGUAUCUGCCCACCAACCGCAGCCCAAACACAUUAAACUCCCUAAGCGUCGGAUACCUCCAGCUUCUAAGGUCUCCACUUCAGCAGUGGAAAUGCCUGGUUCUGCAGAUGUCACAGGGCUAAAUGUUCAGUUUGGGGCCCUGGAAUUUGGAUCAGAGUCGUCUCUGUCUGAGUUUGGAUCAGCAGCUUCAGCCAGUGAAAAUAGUAAUCAGAUUCCUAUCAGCUUGUACCCGAAGACUUUAAGUGACCCUUUGAACGCCUCGUUACCAAUGACCAGUGCUGUACAGAACUCUACCUACACAACUUCAGUCAUCACCUCCAGUCUGACCAGCUCCUGCUUGAGCUCCACUAGUCCAGUAACAACACCUUCCUCUUAUGACCAGAGCUCUGUGCAUACCAGAAUUGCACACCAGAGCUCUGCAAGCCCACCAGAUCCUGCUCCAGGCUCUGUGCUUAAUGGACAUGGUGGUGGCCGGAGUCAGCACCCAGUAGACACUACUUCAUCCGUUCCAGCUCCAAACGCGACAGACCCUCCUGCCCUCCCGUCUGUGGGAACCUUGCCCUGCCCCACCCCCUGUGCUGCUCUUCUGCCAUCUUCACCCCAGCACACAGCCACUUUGCCCUCCUCGUCCCAGGCUGGUGACCUGUCCAGCAGCCCCCUUUCUCAGCUUAGCAGUUCCCUCUCCAGCCACCAGAACAGCUUGUCCUCUGCACAGGCAGCGCGUCCCCCAGGCACGCCACACACUCAUGCUGCUGUGGAGAGUACCCCGUCCCCGGCCACCUUCUCAGCAGCAGCAACCUCUGCCCCAAGUGCCCCGUCCUCGGGUGCCACCCUGCCUGGCAGUGUGAGCACUGUGAGCAGCCUAUGCCUGGGCGGGACCACUGGGGGUGUGCCCAGCAGCAGUACCAGGGCCACUGCCUUGGUGACCUCAGGCAAGGCACCUCCAAACCUGCCUCAAGGGGUGCCUCCCCUGCUACACAAUCAGUACCUCGUGGGCCCUGGAGGGCUGCUUCCUGCUUAUCCGAUCUACGGUUAUGAUGAGCUCCAGAUGCUGCAGUCACGGCUGCCGAUGGAUUACUAUGGAAUCCCCUUUGCAGCACCCACAGCCUUGGCCAGCCGAGAUGCGGGUCUACCUAAUAAUCCAUAUUCAGGCGAUGUCACAAAGUUUGGCCGAGGAGACUCCGCAUCCCCCGCACCUCCAACGACACCAGCUCAGGCACAGCAGAACCAGUCUCAGACCCACCACACAGCUCAGCAGCCCUUUUUGAAUCCUGCUCUGCCGCCUGGCUACAGCUAUACCGGCCUGCCCUACUACACUGGUGUGCCCAGUGCCUUCCAGUAUGGGCCCACUAUGUUUGUCCCUCCAACCUCAGCGAAGCAGCAUGGAGUGACCCUGGGCACUCCCCCAACCCCUUUUCAGCAGGCCAGCGGGUAUGGGCAGCACACUUACAGCACAGGUUAUGACGAUUUGACCCAAGGGACAGCGGCAGGAGACUACACCAAGGGUGGCUAUGGUGGAUCAUCACAGACGCCAAACAAGACGGCUGGUUGUGGGCCUGGCAAAGGAGUUUCUGUGUCUUCAGGUACCACUGGCUUGCCUGAUAUGACUGGUUCUGUCUACAAGACACAGACUUUUGACAAGCAAAGUUUUCAUGCGGGAGCUCCUCCGCCUUUCAGCCUGCCCUCUGCCUUGGGCUCCACUGGCCCCCUGGCCCCUGGAGCAGCCCCUGGCUACGCACCUGCCCCGUUCUUACAUAUCAUGCCAGCCCACCAGCAGCCCCACUCCCAGCUGCUGCACCACCACCUACCACAGGAUGCUCCGAGUGGCUCUGGUCAGCGCAGCCAGCCCAGCUCCCUGCAGCCCAAGUCUCAAGCCUCCAAGGCCACCUACAACAACUCUCCGUACUGGACAAACUAGACCCUAGAAAGGAGAGGGUGGGCCCUUGGGCAGGAGAGAACAGGUAGAGCACAUGCCUGGCAGUCCGGUGCCCUUCCUAGAAUUCUGAGACAUAACUCUGUCAGCUGAGCCUGUGUGGGAAGCCUGCCUCCCAGACCCACUGUUGUAUGUAAUGUAUUUAUGUAUGUAUUUGUAAAUGUGACAAAAGCCUGGAGGAGCUGGGCUGUGCCUCUGGGUAGCAUACAAGUGUGCUCUCCCAGCCUAGUCCAGACCCCCUUGCGGUAGCCAUGUAGGCCCCACCCCUACCCUUCUGCCUUGAGGCCUUCGUUGUGGCCCCAGCUCCGUGUGCCACAGAAGAACUGGAGGUUUGAGGAGUGGGGUCAGGUACCGAUGAAGAAUCACGACUUCUCUCACUCACCCCUGUGACUAGUUUUUCCUCUGUAAUUACUUCAUACUUGUGUUUUGAGAAACUGAUCCUUUUGUGUUUUGUCACGGUCCCUUUCCAACAACUCUUAAUCUGGGAAUAGCAGAGAUGACCCAUCCAACAUAAGCCUGUGCCUGUCUGCCUGCACACAGGGCAGGGCCUUCUGCUUUUGGUCUGGUCCUGUCCUAGGAACUUAACUCUUCUUAUCAACUGUUUAAAAAAAUUUGAACUAAGUCUCAGAUAAUCAGCCAGUCAGCUCCGUUGUAAAGAAGUAAAAGAUCUGCUUCCACCUCAGUGAAGCCUGUCUCCAAACAAAGGCUCUUCUAUACCAAUUGUCUCGAACCAGGUGGACAACUGUUUUCAGGGUUUUCUCUCCCCUAAACUCCACCUAAUAAAGUUCUGAGAGCA